UCCCAAUGCGUGUACCCUUAGGGCCAUUUGAUUUUCAAUUAAAUUGAAAAUCAAAAAUCAAAAUUUGUGAAUAAUUUUGAUUUUCAAUUCGAUUUGAAAAUCAAAAUUCAAAAUUCAGUUUAAAAUUUGAAAAUUCAAAAAUCAAAAAUCAAAAUUCAAAAUUCAAAAUUCAAAAUUCAAAAUUCAAAAUUCAAAAUUCAAAAUUCAAAAUUCAAAAUUCAAAAAUCAAAAUUCAAAAUUUCAAAACUUAAAAUGACAGGUGGUACAAUUGACAGGUGAAUGCGUGUACCCUUAGGGCCAUUUGAUUUUCAAUUUAAUUGAAAAUCAAAAAUCAAAAUUUGUGAAUAAUUUUGAUUUUCAAUUCGAUUUGAAAAUCAAAAUUCAAAAUUCAGUUUAAAAUUUGAAAAUUCAAAAAUCAAAAAUCAAAAAUCAAAAUUCAAAAUUCAAAAUUCAAAAUUCAAAAUUCAAAAUUCAAAAUUCAAAAUUCAAAAUUCAAAAAUCAAAAAUCAAAAUUCAAAAUUUCAAAACUUAAAAUGACAGGUGGUACAAUUGACAGGUGGUUCAAUUCUUGCAUACCACUAUUUUGUAACAAUAUUUAUGAUGCAAUAAGAUUUAGGUUUCCCGCAUUUUUUAGCCGACCCCCUGAACUGCGGCAUAAUUAGGGGGUCGUAUAAACUGUUUUUCGUGUGGGUUCAAAAGGGCCUAGCCCUUGCAUUAACCCCCUUUUUGGUGUGUCCUGGUACAUGCCUAUAUAAUCCCUCCAGUGAGGGGGGAUAAGUCAGUUGCAGGAUUAAUUUGCACACGAUAGAAAGCGAUAUAAAAUAUGGAUUCUUCAUUUAUUUUUUACAAUGGCCGUGACGGGGAUCGCACAGAAAGAACACUGCGGAGAAGCCAAGUAUCAGUCCAAAGACUGGCAAUGAUUUACAAGCUUGACGUUACAUCGGUGUACAUAACAGAGGAGUUCGGUUCCUCAGAAUUUCCGAAUCCGGAUGGGACGUUUGAUUGCCUUCGGGAGUCGCCUUCUGGCACGUAUUACCAAGUGGAGGGAGAACCACAUCAAGGCAUGACUCAGGUUAGAAACCUACCGACAUCAACGGUCAAUGACAUCGGCGCGUUUCGAAGGCCAACAAUGUUGCAUACAUCUUCGUCCACGAUGUCGCGUAAACGUGUAGGUGCGGCUGCGGAGAACUAUGUUUUAAAAGUUGUUCUGGCGGAUAUAGAGAACAAAAAAAUCGUUAAUCAGAAACGAAUUUCGUUUAUAACAAUAACGGAAGCAGAAGCAAACGUCGACGCAAUCACGGAGAUGGCAAAAACACGAUUCGAAGAUCGAACGUUGGUGUUAGUGCAAGGAGGUGGUUUACGAUACGAGGACUCCGCAGCCACAAGAGGAAUAAGCUUCUGGAAAGCCGCGGCUCGGAAGGUUUAUGCAGUAAAAGCCAAUGAUCUCGAAACAUUUGAUUAUUUUACGCCACGAAGAACAAGCACACAGUCCAUUAAUUUUGAAGAAAUAAAGGAAAAACUUGCUGACCUCACCAGCCUCGUGCAAUCUGGCGUGAUUUUAACUUGUGUGGACCAAGAUACACGAGAGGCAGCACAACGAGCAUUAUCAUCUGUAAAGAUCUGUGAGAAGGCAAAACAAAGCUUCGAGUGCUUGAUAUGUCGUGGGUUGAGCCGGAGUCCGGUGAAAAUGGGUUCCUGCUGCAGAAGAAUAAUUGGUUGUGGCGAAUGUGUAGAUCGCUGGUUUUUAGAAAAUCAAAAUUGCCCACAUUGCAGGUCCAACGAACUCGACGCAAUUUUUGAAACUAAUAAUUUUGAUGGAGUGCUUGCAGAAAUACGUUCUGUCUUUCCGAAUUAAAUUUUAUAAAACACCAUCGUUCUUUCGAAAAUCUUUC